GUUACUGUUUAUCGCUUUUUCUAGAAGCGAGUUAAACCAGCAAACCAGAGCGUCGAGCUCGAGGCAUUGAUUUUAAUACACACGUUUAUACGUGAAGAUAAAACCAUGUGGCUGAGGACUGUGGCAGCUGUGCGGUCUACUGGUGUUAUUUCCAACACUCCAAGACUCCUGCACCGAAGAUGGAUCCCUGUUUUAUCUACUCAACCGAGCUGUGGUAUCCAUGUAGACACACCACCCAGUGUUCCAACCCUCACAACCAGCUAUGCCCAUGGCGUCACAUCCUUCUCCAUGCAGUCUCUCACGGUGGGAAGGAGCCUGCAGCUCAGAGCAGAAAAGACCCCUGAUGUUGAAGCUGUCAUCUUCCUGCAAGAUAACAUCAGGAAAACCUUUGCUGAGUUUCAAACCGAUGUGGAUCAGGCAGCAGCAGGUCUGUUGGCACUUGGUCUAAAGAAAGGAGAUCGUUUGGGCAUGUGGGGACCAAACACAUACGAAUGGAUUCUUAUGCAGUUUGCUACAGCUAAAGCUGGAAUCAUUCUGGUAUCAGUGAAUCCAGCUUAUAAAGUAAAUGAGUUGGAGUUUGCACUUAGAAAGGUGCAGUGCAAAGCCAUAGUGUGUCCAACUAAUUUCAAGACCCAGGAGUACUACAACAUGUUAAGUCAGCUCUGCCCUGAAAUGGAUACUGCACCCGCAGGGGGUCUUAAGAGUGCCAGAUUGCCAGAUUUAAGCACAGUCAUUCUGACUGACAGUAAGCAACCUGGAGCAUUUCACUGGACUGAACUGAUGCAGGCAGGUAGCAGUCAGCAUUACCAAGAGCUACAAGACCUCCAAAAAAAGAUAGACUUUGACGAUCCCAUCAACAUCCAGUUCACAUCGGGAACAACUGGAACUCCUAAAGGAGCUGCUCUGUCACACCACAACAUUGUCAACAAUGCCUACUUUAUUGGCUUGCGUACUGGCUUUGAAUGGAGGAAAAAGAUACGAGUCUGUGUUCCAGUUCCGUUGUACCACUGUUUUGGCUCAGUAGGUGGAGGAAUGGUGAUGGCAGUACAUGGUAUCACGCUGGUCUUUCCCUCCACUGGAUAUGAUGGGCGGGCCAACCUCGCGGCCAUGCAGAAUGAAAAGUGCACGUUUGUGUACGGCACCCCAACCAUGUACAUAGAUAUGCUUGGUCAGCCUGAUUUGGCCAAGUUUGACCUGUCGUCUGUUGAAGCAGGAAUUGUUGCUGGUUCUCCAUGUCCUCCUGAAGUAAUAAGGAAGGUCGUCAAAGUCAUGGGCAUUAAGGAAAUAACUAUUGCGUAUGGCACCACAGAGAACAGUCCAGUAACCUUCUGUGGCUUCCCAGUAGACAACUGGGAUAGAAAAACCGAGACUGUUGGAUGUGUUGGCCAUCACCUUGAGGCAAAAGUGGUUGACCCUACAACUGGACUCAUUGUCCCUCUUGGAACUCCAGGAGAGUUGAUGAUCAGAGGUUACGGUGUCAUGCUGGGAUACUGGCAAGAAGAAGCCAAGACCCGAGAAUGCAUUACUAAAGAACGCUGGUAUAAAACCGGUGAUACUGCCAGUUUGGACUGCUUCGGCUACUGCAGGAUAGAAGGACGGAUCAAGGACAUGAUUAUCCGUGGAGGAGAAAACAUCUAUCCUGCUGAAAUUGAGCAGUUCUUGCACACACACCCUAAAGUCCAGGAAGCACAGGUGAUUGGGGUGAAGGAUGAGAGGAUGGGUGAGGAGGUUUGUGCCUGCAUUAAACUGAAGACUGGUCAGGAAUGCACUGCAGAGGACAUCAAGGCGUUCUGCAAAGGGAAGAUUUCCCACUUUAAGAUCCCACGCUAUGUUACUUUUGUUCAAAGCUAUCCUCUAACAGUGUCAGGCAAGAUCCAGAAGAACAAACUGCGAGAGCAGACAGAAAAGCAGCUGGGACUGUAAAUAGAAGUGACUUGGUGUUUUUUAACAAUUGAAAAGCCAAAGGUUAAAAUACAAUGUGCCACCUACAUUUAUGGCAUUUAGGAGACACUUUUAUAAAAAAAACAGUAUCGUCACAAAUACAAUUUUAAGCAAUUGCGGGUUAAGGGCCUUACUCAAGGGCCCAACAGUGGUGCGGCUUGAACCAGGGAUCCUCAGAUUACAAGUCCAGUGCCUUUACCGCUAGGCUACAACCGCCUUUAUUGUAACUAUAACUGACUAACAUUUGUUACAAUGUUAUCUGUAUAUAAUGUUCAAAUAUUUCAGGCAUUUUUGACAUGGAUUGAUGUUGCCAGUUGUGUUUUCCUGUGAUCUGAUUUGCUCCAUGUCUGCAGAGUUCAGGAAAAACAAACCUUGCCUCAAAGUUUUAUACAUGUUUUUAUUUAGUAUAUGUGAUGGUGUUUAACUGUCAGUUGUGUAUAAUGGAAUGAAAAUUCUGUAUGCUAAAGAAAGCUGCUCUAAACUUUUUAGUACAUUUGGGUUCUUACUGUACAUCAUAAAUAUUAUCCUUCAUUUACAGUAUGGUGAAAAUAUGAAUAUUAAUUAUUUUAUAAAUAUUAAAAUUUGAUUUUAAAC